UCCAGCGAGGCCAGCAUGGACGGGUCGCUGCUCCGCCUUCACUUCCACGAUUGCUUCGUCAAUGGAUGUGACGCGUCGAUUUUGUUGGAUGACACCAUGAACUUCACCGGGGAGAAGACCGCCGACGCGAAUGACAAUUCCAUACAUGGAUACGAGGUGAUCGACAAAAUCAAGUCCCAACUGGAGAGCAGCUGCCCUGGGGUCGUGUCCUGUGCUGACAUCUUGGCCGUCGCCGCGCGUGAUUCUGUUGUUGCCUUAGGUGGCCCAAGUUGGACAGUCUUAUUAGGAAGAAGAGACUCGACCACCGCAAGCCUAAGUGCUGCUAAUAGCGACCUUCCUGCCUCAACUUUGAGCCUUAGCGACCUCAUCACCGCCUUCUCUAACAAAGGCUUCACUGCCAAAGAAAUGGUGGCACUUUCAGGAUCGCACACGAUAGGUCAAGCCCGAUGCACAACUUUCCGGACCCGACUUUAUAAUGAGAGCGACAUCAACAGCAUGUACGCAACGUCACUAAAAGCAAACUGCCAGAGCUCCGGAGGUGACAACAAUCUCUCUCCUCUCGACACCAUGAGCCCGACAUACUUUGACAACGCCUACUUCAAGAACUUGCAGACCCAAAAGGGGCUUCUUCACUCGGACCAGCAAUUGUUCAGUGGUGGUUCCACGGACGCUCAAGUGAACAUGUACAGUAGCAAUUCGGCUACUUUCAUGACAGAUUUUGCUAACGCCAUGGUGAAGAUGGGUAACCUCAGCCCACUCACCGGCUCAAGCGGUCAGAUUAGGAAGAACUGCAGGAAAGUCAACUGA